AUGGCGCAUCACACUCGUCUCUUCGCCGUCACAAAUGCGGACCAUCGUCGAAAUCACAACAUCAUGACCAUGGAUAAUCAACAGGUCUAUUUUGUCAAAAACAAGACCUUUGGUCCUGGGAAGCCCGAUGUAGUACUCCACGCUGGGUUCGACAAGAACGCGCCCGUGGCAGCCUCGUGCAAGUUCAAGCAUCUUGGGUCCGGCUCCACGCUCGGUCUCGGCGACUACAACCAGCCCAAUGCAUGCGUAUGGGAAGACUUUGAAAAAGUGUCGCUGGGCAGCUCCGAGUACUCGUUCCACUUCAACUUCCCCCAGGGCCGCAAGAGCUUUAGCUGGAAACACACCCGCCACGCAGGCAUUGGCAACGAGAAGCCUCACCGCUUCGGCUCUGGUCAAAACUACAAACUGAUUGAUAAUCAGACAAACGAUCUUUUGGCCGUGUACAACACCUCGGGUCGCUUUGACUUGAAAGACUGCGGCAAAUUUCAACUCAAUGUCAACUAUGGGAGAGAUUUUGAUACCAUGGUAUUCCUCACCGGUAUGGCCUUGGUAGAGAAAGCGCGUCGGAGGGCUAGCAACGGCGCUGCCGCUGGCGGUGCUAGUGCUGGCGGCGCCGGUGGCUAA